GCCCUCUUAUUUCUGAGUCUGAGAACUUUUUGUUUGAGGUUUAGAAAAUGAAAGCCAAGCUGAAACAACUCCGUCGCCUCGUGGAAAGCUCGUUUCCGGAGAUUGAGAAUUUUCAUGAGAAGGUCGACGCAAGCUUCGAGAAACUUGAAAAUGCGAAGAGCUUCUGGUCGGAAAUCUAUGUGGCACACUUGAAAGUGGUGGGGGAUGGAGUCAAAGUACCGGAGUCGGUAUUUAUAAAAGUCCCACGAAUCAGUGAAAAUGUACUCCGUUGUGAAGACGAAAGCGCAGUAAAUCAUCUAAACGAUGUUCUGUUGUAUUACUCGAAGAAAGAAAACCUAUUCUACAAGCACUUUGAAUACGGAUCAAUUCCGAAUUUCCCAUUUCCAAAAGUCUAUUUCACUGAAGAUAUCAAUGGAGAAGCAACUGGAGGAAUUGUUGCUGAGAAUCUUAGUGAAAAAGUGUUUGCAGUUGAACAUAUUCCUGGAUUGAAACAUGAACAAAUUCUUCGAUUAAUGGAAGCUCUCGCUGGAUUACAUAGUUUUUUGAUGAAACGAGACGAUAAAAGUUAUGUGGAGAGUUUUGUGGAAGGAGCACAUGGUAGAGAGACUUUUUCCGAAGGAAUGCAGAAUAUGAUGUUUGAAGAAGCAUUGACAUUGGAAAAUGUCUCACCGGAAGUAUUUGGAAAUGACAGAAUUCGAAAUAUCAAAUGGUCCUUCGACUAUUCUAUCAAGAACAAAGCAACUGCGGACGCUAUUUCUGCUUUUCCUGGAAUAAUCUGCCAUGCUGAUCUGAACGUGACAAAUGUGCUAUGGAAGAAGGAUAGUGCAAAAGAUGAAAUUUCAGCAAUUAUUGAUUAUCAAAUGUUAUUUAUUGGAUCAAUUGCAUUUGAUAUUAUUCGAGUACUUACUUUGGGAUUGAACAGAGAAAUUCGAAGAAAGAUGACUCAAAACUAUUUGGAUCACUAUCAUAAAACUCUCACAGAGCUCUCUAAUGGAAAAGCUCCGUUUUCUAUGGAAGAGCUCCUUCACCAAUACUCCCUGAUCUAUCCAUUUUCAUCAAACUUUAGCUUGUUUGGAAUCGCUUUGUACAUCAAAAUGUAUUCUGAUGGGACACUUGGAAACCCAGAGGACAAGGAAGAAAACUGCAAAGAGCUGAUUGACAGAGCACUGGGAAUUGUGGAGGAUAUCGAGGCGUUGAAGAAUAAUUACAAGUAAAUGAUUUGGGGUUCAUGUGCUUUACAAAUUGAGUUGCAAUUUUUUCUGUUUCACAUUUUGUUUUUUUUCUUCUUGAAACUCUUUUUAAAUAACAAUGUUCGUCGUUCCAAUUUGAAUUAAAGCAAUACACUAUU